AUGUCAAAUAAAGAUUUAUUUAAUAUUGCUUUUGGGCAAAAAUUCGAAUAUGCUUCUUUUGAGGACAAGACAAGAAUUGGUAGAGGAGGAUCCGGAACUGUAUUUAAAGCCUACUCAAAAGAUAAAAAACAAAUGGUGGCUUUGAAGACUUUAGAUUACGAUCAUGAAUAUUCGUUUGACAACUUUAUUAGAGAAGUUAAAUAUACUACCAAAGUUAAUCAUGAUAAUAUAAUACAAUUCUUUGGAAUUACUCAAGCUUCGAAAGAUCUAGUAGAAAUAACACUUUAUGUAAUUAAAGGUAAUCGAGAAAUUCCAAUUGAAGGAACUCCCAUUGACUUCAAAAAUCUUUAUUGUGCUGCAUGGAGUAUUGAUCCAGAUAGUACAGAUAUCGAAUCAACGCAAUCGACUCCUUCUUUAAAUGCUGUUCCAUUUUCAAAAUUUACGCAAAUUAUAAUUGAUAUAAUAAAUGUUACUGGAGAAAUAACACCAAUAUAUCAGUCAGCAGAACAUAAUAAACAUAUUAGUAGAUCAUUAUUUGAACGGAUUGUAGCAGUUGAAACAUCACUUCGAUUAUUAAAAGCAUAUAAAGACGAAUACAAAGAAUUUUUUAACAAGCAAAAUUUUGUAACCAUACAAAAACUUUCUGAUAAUAUCCAAAAGAUGAAAACAUUUAUUAGCGAAAUAACACAAUUGAAAGGACUACUGAAAUAUAGUCAAACUAAAUCUGUUCAAACUAUAUUUUAUGAUUUAACAACAGAAUUUGAUAGUUGCAUAAACACGUUAAAUUUUAUUAAUACAGAUAAUAUAAAAAGUCGUACAGAGCAUGAAAAAGAGAUCAUAGAUAAUGAUCUUGAAGAACUUAAUCAGUAUCUUUUCAAAAUUGGUGGUGGUAUCACUGAUGAAAAUAAUAACAUAAGUGAAAAUGUCAAUGAAAUAAAUAUGGUCAAAAAACUCAUUUUGGAUUCAAAAACUAAUCGAGAGCAAAUCCAGCAAGCUAUUGAAGUUCAAAAUAAGUCGCUUAAAAUUGAUGAUUUUAUAGAAACAGAUGAAAUUCGUGGAAAAAAAGUUAAAAAGUACCUUCGCCUAAUUGAUAACAAAGCUGUCGCUUUUAAAUACGUAACUGAUGAACCAGAUACUACCAAAGCUAAGAAUGAUUUUCGUAACCAAGUUGCUAUUCUUACGAAGCUUAAGGAUUGCCAGCAGAUAAUUCAAUUUCAUGGCCUUAUUUCUGACAGCGAAAGAUGUUAUUUGGUUUCUGAGUGGGCUGAAUGUGGUAAUUUACGAGAAUUUUAUAACCGUUACGAUGGCCCUAUUGACGUUAGAAAAAAAUUAAGUAUUGCAGUCGAUAUUGCUCGAGGAUUAAACUUUUUACUGGCUGUAGAGAUAGUUCACAGAGACAUUCGACCGGAAAACAUUUUGAUAACUGAAAACGAAACUGCAAAAAUUACCAACUUUUCAUUUAGUAGAUUCUUUAGAGAUGAUACAAGGAAAUUAGCCGUGUCAUUACAAACUGUUCGUUAUGCUGCCCCUGAAAUGUUAUAUAGAAAUAAUAACAAAUAUAAUACUAAAUGUGAAGUCUACAGUUUUGGCAUCCUUUUAUGGGAAUUAGCAGAGCAAAGAAUUCCAUACAAAGACCUUGAUGAUAUUAUGGAAAUUAAAAACCGUGUAGAUAAGGAAAAAUAUCGUGAACCAUUUACAGAAUUUUCUGGGUUACCAAAAGAAUAUAAGGAUAUCUCUAGAAAAGCUGUUGGUGCUGAUCCCGAAUUUAGACCAACUUUAACAGAAAUGUUUAAAACUCUUGAAAAUCUUUUUGAACCAUUAAAUCCUCCAAAUUUAUCCUCUAAAAUACCUUAUAAAAUUAAUGAUAUUAUUAACUUUGCUGAAUUUAAUUAUAUGUCAAUGAAAGAAGCUGCAUCAACACAUCGUUCUACAAAUGGCAAUUUGGAGAUGGCAUACAAAUGUUUCAAUGCAUAUGCAAAAUUAGGAGAUUUAAAAGCAAAAUACUUUGUUGGUUAUUACCUUUACAAAAGGUUAAUAAGUACUUCUUAUACUGAAGAAGAAAGAGAAAGGCGUGCAGCUCAAUUAUUUAAAGAAGUUGCGGAUGCAAGUGAUGAAGUACCUGUUGCACAAUUAAAAUAUGGGUUAUGUUUAUUUAAAGGCACAGGUGUUGAUAAAAAUUAUUCAGAAGCAGCAAAGUAUUUCAAGAAAGCUGCUGAUAAUGGACUUGUAGAUGGCAUGUAUAAUGCUGGAAAUAUACUUUAUACAGGCCUUACUGAUGUUAAAGAUAAAGAAUUAGGUGUGAAAUAUAUUAGAAGAGCUGCUCAGAAUAAUCAUUCAGAUGCUAUUGAAUUUUGUAAAAAAAACAAUAUUUCCAUAAUUUAG